AUGCUUCUUUGGCGGGAGUACAAGCGUGCCGACGGGGGGUCGGGCAACGGCUCGGUGGAGAAACCACCGUGGUAUCCGUACAUGGAGCUGCACAACCAAGACACCACCGCAGCCGCACCGCAUGCCAUGGACGGAGGUGGGGCGAAUAACGUCAACGUGCCGGCGGGCAUGGAGGUUUCAACUUCGUCCCAGCCAGGCACGUCAACUCCAUGCUUUACAGCUCCUCCGCCUACGACCACUGCCAAACCCAGGCGAGCCCGGGUGCAUGAGACGGCUACCAUGCAAGCGGCGAUGCUGGUCCCCGCCACCAUCAAGGACUGCCACGGUGACGCGAUGACUCGCAUUGAAGGCCUCGUCCGUGAAUGGAUGGCGCAAGACCUCCGACUUGCCCGCGAGCGCAUGACUGACUCGGCUCCCCCGGAUGUGCACCGCGCGCCGCCGGAUUUCUCCCAACGGCCGCCACGCGGGGAGUCCGCGCCACCCCCCGAAACCGCACGGCCGCGAGAAGAUGUGGGCGACGUCAACACCGUCACUCCGGCGGCCGAGGAUGUGGAGAUAUGGGUGCGCGGCGCCGACGAUUAG